UUUCAGAUUUGUAUCUUAGAAUGGAAGAAAAAGGGAGAUUGAAAUCAAUUUGAAACUUAGUUAUAUUUCCUCGUGUCACAAAAUGAUAGUAUUUGGGAAUUAGAGUCUCCGUUCAAACUAUUUUCUUUAUAAGCGCAAUUUAUGAUCAGACUGUACUAACUAACUCCUUGCUUUGCAAACUGUCACCACCACCACCACCACUCUCUCUCUCUCUCUCUAUCUAUCUCUCUGUGUGUCUUCGCAAAACUCCAAAACUGAAACCCUCCUCAAAUUCAUUGCAAUCAUGGCGAAAGAGAUCUGCCAUCUCAGGAGUCGCGCAGAAAGGGACUUUAUGAUAGCAACGGGUCGCUUGUUUGGGAAUGCGGUGCCGAUCAGUUGGCAGCUUUAACUCCAUGAUUCAGUUGCGAUAAGCUCGCCGAAUUCGGCUUCAGUUGAACACAAUCUCUCCCCCUAGCUCCCGAUCGGUUAAUUAGGUUUCCAGUCAUGGCUGAGAAAGGCGAUGGUGAUAGAGUACGUAGAGAUGUUAAUGGUGACAAAAGUGAUCAUCUGCAAAACCACAUUCAUCUCACGAAUUGCAUCCAUUUGAAGAACCAUUUGCAUAAGCAGAGUCCAUUUGCGGGUGAUAGGAGUCUCUUGAGAGACCUUGUAACCCUUCAGAAGUCGAGGCGUCUGAGAGAUCCUUCUGAGAGCACGCGCUCUCUGCGCUCUCCUUCUAUGAUUGAUGAUGUGAUCCUUCAAAGACGGGGAAGGGAUGCCUUCGCCAGUAGAAGGUUCGAGAAUGGAGGAGAAUGUACGAGGAGGAUGCCGGGAAGCUCGCCUCCUGCUGCUGAUCCGCCUAUAUCAAGGGCUACGAGUGGCCUUGAUGAUCGUAGGAGAAUGAGGAGAGAAGAAUCAAGUAGAAAGAUUCUUGAAAAUGGAGUGUCAAAUAGGAGCAAUGGUAAGAGUGUGAACAAGAAAGAUAUGCCCCUUGAAGCAGAAGAGAUGGGUGAAGAAGCAGCAAGGAACACAAACAGCCAUGGAAAAGUUACCAAGAAGGAGAAAAGGCGCAGAUUUCGCAGUGCAAGGAGAAACCGGCCUAGUAUACCAACACGAGAUGCUAAAACUCAGCCUGAAACAUCCAACUCAUUUCUCCAAGGGAAUGAUGAUCACAAUGGCAGCACUAUUCAGGGCAAUAAGUGUGGAAUUCCAUGGAACUGGUCGAGGAUUCAUCACAGCGGAAAGUCGUUUCUUGACAUGGCCGGCCGGAGUCUCUCUCGUGGCUUAUCUGAAUCAAGGUCGAAGAAAGAAGGUGCCAUCUCUGACAAACCUAUUACUUCAGGAAACUCGAGUCCAUCUAAUAUGUUUGGUAGGGAAGCAUUGCCUCUGCUGCUUGAUGCAUCUGAAUCUCAGAAAAGUAUCGAUUGUUUUCCUUGGAUUCAUGAUUAUUCAGGUGAGUUAAGCAUUUUUGCUGACAAGCAGGAAACGGAAUCUGACCUCGCAUCGCAAGGCCACAUGGUUCUAAAGCAGCAUCAAAAUCUAACUCAGAAAUACAUGCCAAGAACAUUCAAUGAUCUGGUUGGUCAGAAUCUGGUAGUGCAGGCUCUUUCAAAUGCUGUUAUGAAGAGGAAAAUCGGGUUGUUGUAUGUGUUUUAUGGGCCUCAUGGAACUGGUAAAACCGCGUGUGCACGUAUAUUUGCAAGAGCCUUAAACUGCCAGUCUGUGGAGAGCCCCAAACCCUGUGGAUUUUGUGACUCUUGCAUUGCAGAUGAGAAGGGGAAGAGCAGAAACGUAAGGGAAAUAGUUCCGGUUAAUAAUAUUGACUAUGAAGGCGUGCUCGAACUCUUUGAGAAUCAUAUUGCUUCCCAGCACAGGUCAGAGUAUGGUGUGUUCAUAUUUGAUGAGUGUGAUGCUAUGAGUUCUGAUUGCUGGAAUGCAAUGUUGAAGGUUAUCUGUGGGGCCCCCAGGCGUGUCGUCAUCAUUCUUGUUUGCUCGAGUCUUGAUGCGUUGCCUCAUGUGAUAGUAUCCAGGUGUCAGAAAUUCUCUUUCACCAAGCUGAGAGAUGCAGAGAUGGUGCGCGCGCUGCAGCUGAUAGCAAGCAAAGAGGACUUAGACAUUGAUAGAGAUGCUCUCAAGCUGAUUGCAUCGAGGUCGGAUGGAUCUCUGAGAGAUGCAGAGAUGACACUGGAGCAGUUGAGCUUGCUCGGUGGGAAGAUCUCUUUGUGCUUGGUGCAGGAACUGAUUGGGCUGAUUUCAGAUGAGAAGUUGGUGGAUCUUCUUGAUUUUGCAUUGUCUGCUGACACAAUCAACACGGUGAAGAAACUGAGAGAUAUCAUGGCAUCAGGUGUUGAGCCGUUAGCCCUAAUGUCGCAGCUCGCUACAGUCAUCACUGACAUUCUUGCUGGAAGCUAUGAUAGUGCAAAACAAAGGCCUAAGAGGAAGUUCUUCCACCAGCAUGCUCUGUCCAAUGAAGACAUGGAGAAGCUGCGGCAAGCACUGAAAACGUUGUCUGAAGCCGAGAAGCAGCUGAGGGUGUCGAGUGAGCGGAUAACUUGGCUCACGGCUGCACUGCUGCAACUGGCUCCUGAUCAACGCUACACGGCCCCUAUUUCUUCUGCAGGUACUAGCUCAGAUCAUAGUCCGGUUGUCGUAGAUCCAAGAGUGAGAUCCACAAAGGGCAAUGCACUUGCAGCAGCUGAUAAAUUCAAUCGAGGAACUGAAGAAAUUUGGUUGGAAGUUCUUGAGAAUAUCAAAAUCAAGAGCUUGAAAGAGUUCAUGCACAAGGAAGGAAAGAUGGCCUCAGUGAGCUACGGUGCAGCUCCAACAGUGCAUCUGCUGUUCAAUUCGCAGCUGACGAAGUCUGUGGUUGAAAAGUUUAGAUCACGCAUCUUACAAGCAUUUGAGGCAGUUGUUGGAUCUCCAGUAACCAUUGAGAUCAGACAAGGAUCGAGAGAAGAUACCGGGGAAGGGCAGAUUCUGCUACGAGGAUUGGAACUGUCUGCUUCAGAUGAGAUUGUUCAAGUCGAGGAUGAUUCUCAAAGUGAGAGUGAGAGGCACAAGAAUCAAAUUGUAUUUGCAGGGAAAGCAUUUGAUGAAGCAGAACUGAGUGAGAGAAACCAGAGUCUUAGUAUUGUUAGAAGAAAGGUGUCUCUUGGUGACGUGAUCCAGCAGCAUGCAGAUGGAUUGUCCAAACCCCAAGCAGCCUCCGUUGCUGAUAAGCUUGAACAACAAAAUCUAAGACUAGAAGCAAGAUCAAGGAGAAUGCUCUGCUGGAACCCUCCCAAAAUUACUCAUCCUAAGCUUUCAUGCUUGAAAAUUAGAAGAAAGAAGCUGCGGAAAUUUGUCUCCUGCGGAAGGUGUCUCUCUGCAAGGUCUCAAUAGCAUAUUAGAUUAGGAUUAUAUAUAGAGGUUAGGUCAAGAAUUUUCCCUAAUCUCUUUUUCAUAAGGAUUGGAUUUUGCAAAAAAAAAAAGGAGACGUUCAUUAAGAUGUUACUAAAAAGCUUAUAUAGUUGUGAAUUUGUUUGUAGUAAAAUAGUAAUUGAUGGCCCAAUAUCCACAAUGGGAGCGGACGUAAAUGAUGCAUAUUUGGGCCAGUUAUCGCAGCUAACUUAUGUAAUGUACUAAUAUUCUUCGUUUCAUAGGCCCAAUGUAAACUAUUUUAGAUAUCUGUUUGGGCUAUAAUCAAUUCAACUGCCCAAUUAUUUUAUCGU